UUUUUCUCUUUAUAAUCAUCAGAUCGUUCCUUCACUUGAUUUUCAGGGCUCUGAAGAAAGAAAAAAACUCUCUCAAACCCUCGUUACUAAAAAAAUAAAAUUUAUUCAUUUCACGAAUCAAAGUCUUCUUUCGAGCCCAUUCGAUCUAAAGAAGAAGAAGAAGAAUCCACAACAAGAUCAUCAUCAGUUAAAGAGUUUCCUAUUAAAACAAAAAAGACGAAAAUGCCCCUGUCGGCGACGGCGGAUACAAGCAAGACGGUGAAGCUGGAGAGAUACAACAGCUACCUCCGCAAGAUUCACAGCACAAAAGUCCUAAACGCUUCUUCCAAAGUCCUUUUCCGAGCAACCCUCCUCGUCGCUCUCCUCCUCGUCCUCCUCUUCGCCAUCAACUACCCUCCACUCUCCGACAGCCGCGCCGCCGCCGCUCACCAUCUCCACCGCCGCAGCUUCUUAUCCACCGGCCUCUUCUCUUCCUCCUCCUCCUCCUCCUCUGCCUCUCUCGGAGCCGCUUGGGAGAAGCGAGUAAGACAAUCCUCCACAGCCAAAAGACCACACGGCCUCUCCGUCCUCGUAACCGGAGCAGCCGGAUUCGUCGGAUCACACUGCUCAAUCGCUUUAAAAAAACGCGGAGACGGUGUCCUCGGCUUCGACAACUUCAACGAUUACUACGACCCUUCACUCAAAAGAGCAAGACAACAACUUCUUGAAAAGCAACAAGUGUUCAUCGUCGAAGGAGACCUCAACGACGGUCCUCUCUUACGUAAGCUCUUCGAUGUCGUCCCUUUCACUCACGUCCUCCACUUAGCAGCUCAAGCCGGAGUUCGCUACGCCAUGAAAAACCCACAAUCUUACAUAAGCUCCAACAUCGCCGGUUUAGUUAACCUCCUCGAAGUGGCUAAAGCGGCUAAUCCUCAGCCAGCGAUUGUAUGGGCUUCUUCUAGCUCCGUUUACGGUCUCAACACCGAGAAUCCUUUCUCUGAAGAGCACAGGACUGAUCAGCCGGCGAGUCUUUACGCGGCGACGAAGAAAGCCGGCGAGGAGAUUGCUCACACUUACAACCACAUCUACGGUCUUUCGUUAACCGGACUCCGGUUUUUCACGGUUUAUGGUCCUUGGGGAAGACCGGACAUGGCUUACUUCUUCUUCACUAAAGACAUCCUCCACGGGAAAUCGAUCGACAUUUACAGGACGCAAGAUAAUCAAGAAGUGGCGCGUGACUUUACUUAUAUAGACGAUAUCGUUAAAGGAUGUGUCGGUGCUUUGGACACGGCGGAGAAAAGCACCGGAAGCGGCGGGAAAAAGAGAGGUCCGGCGAUGUUACGUGUUUAUAACCUCGGAAACACUUCUCCGGUUCCGGUCGGGAGAUUGGUUUCGAUUCUUGAAGGGUUGUUGGGGACGAAAGCGAAGAAGCAUCUGAUCAAAAUGCCGAGAAACGGUGACGUGCCUUACACGCAUGCGAAUGUGAGUUUAGCGUAUAGAGAUUUCGGGUAUAAACCUACGACGGAUCUCGCGGCGGGGCUGAGGAAGUUCGUCAAGUGGUACGUUGGUUAUUAUGGGAUUCAGCCGAGGGUAAAAAGGGAAAACUCUCAUGCCGAAGAUUCCGCUUAAUAUCUCUUCUUUCUCUUUCUCUUUCUUUUUUCUUGCUUCAUCAUCAUCACAUGCUUGUUUUUUUUCUACAAAACAAAAAAAGAAAAAAAUUAUUUACAGGGACAGAUUUCUGUAUUUUUCUGUUUUUAUUUUUAAAUUGCUAAAACAAAUCAUAAAUGUUUUUUUUUUUGUGGUGGUCCUUUGUUAAGGGGGAUCAAAUUUGUGGGGGAAUUAAAUUGUUACAGCUGUAUGUUAUAAUAGAAAAGAUAUAUAGAGAAAAAAGUGAAAGGGGGAGAGGAAAAAAUGGGUAGAAUUGGAAAUAUAUGUGGGUUUGUUAUGUAAUAAAUGAUUUGGGGUUAUGAUCUUGCUGGAAAGUGUUUAGAGCAGAUCUUAGCCGUUGGAUUUUUGUAACCAAGGAAUGAAACAUGUGAUCUAUUUACCAACUGUAACAUAAGUAAUUUUA